GCAGUGUUCGAUGGUCUGCUAGAAAGUGGUAGAUUGUGUUGGUAAUGUCUCAUAAAAAUACGGAUUUUGUGAUAGUGAAAUUUGAUUAUGAGGCAUCAGAUAGUCAUGAGCUUGGAAUUCAAAAAGGUGAAAAAUUAACACUUAUCGAUGAUAGCCAACAUUGGUGGAAGGUGAUGAAUUCCUUUGGAAAGACUGGCUAUGUCCCUAGCAAUUAUGUCAAGCGUUCAAAACAAGGUAUAUUUUCAAGUUUGCGAAAUACUCUGGGACGCCGGAAAAAUCGUCAGGAAGGUACAAGCACUAGACAGUCCAAUCCUUCUUCACCUACCCCGGAUGGGAGUAAUGGCUUUUCAGCUUUUGAUUUACGACACGAAAGUGCAGAGUCCCUUGGAGCUAAAGUUGUCAGCACAUCUGCGUCUACAAGCAUUUUAAUUCCUCCAAGUCAAGCAUUUGCGGAUAUGAGACUUCAGGAAGGAAUCUCUGACAGCUUUUCUAUCCCCUUAAAUAAUCAGAUAUCCGUUCAACACGCGAAAAGAUUUCAAGAUGCAAAUAAAACGGUUGAUAGUGAAUCAGUUAACUGGCUGUCGAAAUCUGAUGCAAGACAAGCUUACCCCCAGCAUUCCAUACCAAAUUUUCAAAAUGGACAUGGCGCUGUAAAUGUUUCCUUAUCACUGUUCCAGCAAACUACUAAUAUUAUGACAGGAACUUUAAAUAAUACGUCCUAUUUUGGCACUGGAACUGGUUUAGGUCGUCAAAUAUGUCAAGCACGUUUCAAUUACCCUGCUUGUCAACCAGAUGAAUUGUCAAUUGAAAGAGGCGAUAAAAUUCGUGUUUUGGAAAAAAGUUCAGAUGGUUGGUGGCGUGGUAUUCUAAUUACCGAAGGUAAACCACAGCGAAUGGGAUGGUUUCCAUCAAAUUAUGUCACAUUGGAUUUAUCAAAAAAUCUGAACAGAUCUGGAAGUAGUUCACAACCCAGUAUAUUAAAUUCAAGUACACUUAAUCGGGAUGCAAAUGAUUUGUCUGUACCAAACAUUUCAAAUACUCAAGAUCAAAUUCCUACUCAAUACUUAGCUUAUCAAUAUUAUGAACAACAACAUUCUCUGAAUCCUGGUUCUAUUACAGAAAACCAACAACAAGUACAUCAACAACCGCAAUUACUAGUACGUAAUAACGACCCACCUAGUCAUGAAGGUCAGCAACAGCAACAUGAAACUGUUGUAACUCUUUACCCAUUUGUACGUAGUCAUGUAGCAGAGCUGUCUUUUGGUGAAAACGAGGUCUUGGAAGUACUUAACAAACCUCCUGAUGAUCCAGCUUGGUGGCAUUGUCGUAAUACUCGUGGUGAAAGUGGUCUGGUACCACAUAAUUAUGUUACUGCUUUCACAACACCAGCAAUUGCAACUACAACACUAAGCAAAUCAUUCGGUUCAAAUCACAAGCCAUUAUCUUGUCAGUCUACAAAUUUUGGCCAUUCUAUUCGAAGUAACCAGGUGUCUGCGACUAAUUCAAGUUAUACAGUAACAAAUAAGUCACAGCCUACUGAUGGAGAAACAUUGAGGCUAAGUUAUGCUACACAGUCUAGUACAGGUUGCUUACAUAUAAAUCGACCAUGGUUUUGGGGUAUUAUUUCACGCGCUGAAUGUGAAGAGAUGUUAGGUAAACAUUCUUUACCUGGUGAAUUCAUCGUUCGCGAUAGUGAAUCACAUGUAAGUUUUCAUGAGUAACGUGAAUUAGUUGUAACGCAAAUAUGUUCUAUUAUGUGACGUCCACUGUUAAGCAAAUGAUGAACAAUUGCACUACUGCUGAAACAGUGUAUGUGAUGUUGAUGUUUCAAAAUCCUUCACGAUAAUCAAUGAACAAAGAACCUCGAUCUUAUUGAGUAGUUUUUCAGAGGCCAUUGCGAAACAGCUUAAACUAAACAACCUGGGGAUUUGACUAUAACUAUCAAUGCAGGCAAUAAAACAAGAAAUUUCAAAGUACAUGUUGAGAAAGGACAAUAUCAUAUUGGUCAGAAAGUAUUCAAUUGUAUUGAUGAUCUCAUCGAGCAUUAUGGUAGUCAUCCAAUAUUUAAAAACGAACAUGAGAAACAUUAUCUUACGCAACCUUUUGUUCAUCCUGGUGUUAAAUCAGUGAUCCCUUACGAAAGUAAUAAUAAUAGUAAUAGUUUUAGUAAUAUUACGUCCACUACUCCAACUAAAAGUAUUAACACUGUAUCGUCAGUAUCAUCGACGUGUUUUCUUCCAGUUUGUGGUAGUAGUGGGAACACCCCAACCUAUCAUCAGUCUAUUACUGCUUCACACGGUCGUUAUUCUUAAACUUUCUACUUUUGUUUCGAGAAAAAGUUUGUUUUCUGCAAUAAUUCUGAUUUUUCUUGUUCUGUUUUUACUACUCACCACCAAUGUAAUUGCUCUGCUUACGAUUAAUUUAAUUUAUUGUUUAUUUAGAAUGGAAUUGUUGUUAGAUAAAAAUGAAAUCGUUGUCAAGCGUAUAUAACGUUAUCUUUCAGAUUGAGUGGUUUUCAUCUGAUUAUUUGAUUACAUUAGGAGUUGGAGUAUAGUCGCUUCUCUGUUAUCAUGCAUACACACCCACACUUCAUGUUUCCCUAUUUAAUUCAGAAACACUUCAGUAUUGUCUCUCACCGGUGCUGUCAUGCUAUAUAUAUCCUGGGGAUUUUUAUUAUCGAAAACCUACUACAUGUUUAUUGCAUGUAAUUACUUCUAACACAUCAACUUGUGUUGACACAUAUUUUCUACUCAGUUUUUUCACUUCUGCUAAUUAACUUUGGGAUAUUAAUAGAUUUUACUUCCAUAAAUCAAAGCAUUAUCAUACUCUACAUUUUGCCACGACCUUCGUCCAUAAUUCCUCUAAAUUUAAUCUUUGGUAGUAACUCUGAGGCUUGUGACUGUUGUUCACAGUGUUCAUACCAAUCCAAUUAGCAUUAUUACUCAACAGCAUCACUAGUAGUUAUAAAACUUUGAGGUUUAUGAUAGAAAUCAGGUGUUCAUAACCAGAAAAUUGUCAUCCUUUGUAAAGAUAUUAUCAUUUUAUGUCAUAAUUUUUAUCUAGUUGUAAGUCUGUUAGAAAAUUAAACUUGUGUGCGUGUGUUAGUUCUUCAGUUUUAGUGGGUUUUCACAUUCUAUGCAAUUCAUUCACAGUCUUUGUUCAUUUUUUUUUGAGAAACAAAAACAAAAUUAAUUGUCUUGAUUUUUCUUUCUGAUUUAGUUUUUACGUAAUUUUUACUUGAGUUAUAUUCUUUCUUAUCUUCACUACCUGAUCAUGAAUACAUCUCUAUGUACACAUAGAAAGACCUGUAUUGAAGAGCCGUUUAACACCGCUGAAAUUUCAACACGCCUAGUUAUGAUAAAGUUACUGUAGUUGUAUGCCGUCGUUCUCCAUUGAUCCUCCAUUUUCUUUUUUUUUGUUUUUUGUACCUCUACUUCUGCUGUUUUAUUAAUUUUGCUUUUUGUUCGAUGUCGAAAAUAAAACAAUGGAAUGUGUUAAAUGGAUUAUUAUCAUCAUUGUUGAAUAAUUUAUAUUCUAAUGCUUGAAAGUUCUCCUUAUUGCGUUCUUUGUAUAGUCUAUUUUUUGUGUAAUGAAUAAUGAUAAUGGUUCUUAUAUUGAAAUUUUGUCAGUUUCUGCUCAUUGAUUUUUUUCUCUAUUGUUCUUUCUUUUUAUACACGUGGUUUGGGGUUUGAACAUAGGGCCUACAGAUGAACAAUUUUAGUAACGAUUUAAGUUACUAUUAUAACAGGUUAACGAAAUCUCCCCCAAUAGACUGCGGGUAUUUAGCUAAAAAUGAAUUAUUACUUAUAUGGUUUCAAUGUGUUCUGUUAAAUUUUAAUAUGAUUUAAACUGGAGCAAAUAUUCGAUGGUUCUGGUUGACUGCUCUUGAUUUUUCCUGUGGAUUCGUCUAUAGUGCAAACUUUUAUGCCAUCUUCAGUAUUAUAUUAAACUCAGGAAAAUCACAUUCAACGGUCGCAAUAUGAAAUCAAUGUGAUUGAGUUUCUAGUGGAUAAUAUUUUUCAACUUUCUCGUUGUAGUUAACUUAUAAUGUAGUUCGACUUGUUUGUUUUACUGGAAUUGUUUCAACAUUAGUUUUGUGUUUUUUUUUACUGUUAACAUCUAACUAAUGAGUUGGUAAUGAGAUUGUUGAUGCAACUAAAUUAAUUACAUGUCUAUUAGAAAUUGGAUUAAUAUUUAUCUUUUUAUCUUUCCUAAUUACGUGAACCAAUUUAAAAGCGAUUUUUGUAUUAAAUUCAUUGCAGUGUUGAGUUCUCAUUCAGGGGUCUAUAGAUCCAGUUUUCGCUUAUCGGUUGAUAGGGUGAUGGGAUUUUAGUAAAAAAUAACGU